AUGGUCGAACGAAAACUUUUAGCCUCGCCUUACCGGUCGCCCGGCCCGGCAUCGCUCCGUAGCAAAUCCUCCAUUGGUCGCCAGGGAAUCUACUCUCCCAUGCGAACUCCGUCUCCUCAUCCACCACAUCCUCACCAUAGAAACAUCUCAGACUCCUUUCGUCGACCUUCCACUCCAAUUAGGCCGCCACUCUAUCGCCAUGACCAGCAUAUUCCCUAUACAUUUCUUCCAGAUACGCCAGAGGAUACCCCUCCCAGUAGACCGGGAAGCAGUGGAUAUGGAUCGCACCUGGCAACAACACCACCUCUCAGAGCGGUUCGUUCGCCUUCGCCAUUAUUGUUCUCUUCUCCUGCUACACCGGCAUCUACUCCUGGUCCCCAUGCUUCUCGUAAGGAUAGAAGGACAACAGUCAGAGUAGCUCAUAUUUCAGAGUGCUAUUGUACACAAUUCAAACAUCAAAUCGUUACUCGUGAACCACAAAUCUCUGGUCUUCAUCCUGGCCAGCCAUUGCUUCAAUGGGCGAAACGACCGAUACAAAAACAUGUCGCUGUGAGCUGGACAAAAGUACAAAUCAACGAAAUCGACGGGACAGCUAUAUCUUACACAUGGGGUGACUUUGAUAGAGAAAACUUGAUCAUUGGCCAUUGGGAAGAGGAUCCGACGAGAGCUGUUGCAAUGAACUUGGGAACCGAGUGGGACGUUGAGGAUUUAAUAGAUCGUUUGGUUGAGAUUUCGGCGGUGAAAGGGAAUCUAUGGAUGGAUCAACUCUGUGCUCCACAACGAGAGGACUAUGCUAAGGAGAUCUUACCAAAGAUACCCGAUAUUUUCCGAUCGAUGGAAGUCGUGGUGUUGAUGCCUGGUGCUAGGUGUACGUGCCUGGAAAAAGUGGUGGACAAGUUGAAGGGUGGUGCGAAGGCUGGUGAUGUGGUGGAGAAGUGGCUGGGGACGAAGUGUCAUAACAAAGCUGGUCUGUCGUCCUAUACCAACCGUAUGUGGGCACGACAGGAGUUUCGUUAUGCACAAAACUUGAGAUUGGUUUGGAAUCGCAAGACGCCGGCUCAGUGUUUUCAGUAUGAAGAUUUAAUUUCAGGCAAGGCGGAUAUCUCUGCUAUCAGUGGAUAUGCGACCGCUCUCUUCAUGCAAAAAUUACACGAAGGGUUCGAUCUAGGAGACAAGAACGGACACUGGUUGAUUCGCGAUGCCACCGACAAGUUUGCACGAGACUUACGGAAGGAAUGCGACACUCUCAAACAAGACAAGAAGGACCUGCCCGUCUUUUUUCGAAUGCUAUUGGGGAUGCCGCUCGAACGAGUCAAGGAUGCCGAUGAGAAUCCGAUGUUCGAGCUCACCCACAGCCUCAGGACCUUCUGUCGAAAUCUACGUGGGCUGGCCUACGGAACCCACAUGGCUACUAAUCCAAAGGAUUUGGUUUUUUCGGUCUGGGUUGAUCUCCCCGGGUACAAAAUGCCCGAGGAGACAAAAUUUUACAACGCCUCGGAAUUACUGGGUGACGCUGUUAACAAGCUGGAAGAAAAGCACCACGUUACUCUCAGCACUCACGCGCCAGCUGGCCUGUUUAAGGAAUCACCAGGUGGCUGCUGGAGACCUGAGACCUUUCUUGCGAAUAAACAGAUCAAAGAGGUCCGCGACCUCUACAGUACACUUUCCGAAGCGGAUUCACCAUUAUACAUGCGAGACGGCAGAGUUCCACUACAAAUUACCGCCCCAAACGCCAUCGGUCGACGCUCGUUCAUUUACCGCGAUCUAUACAAAGACCGCUCGCUCGAAAAAGUCGGACCCGUGAUGAGCAAAGUUGUUAAAAACUUCGAUGCGAUAUCGCAAAUCCGCCUAGGCGCUCUAUGGCACCAAUACCAGGAACGACUAGCCGCGAUCCUCGAACCCCGAAAGAUUUCACACAAAAAGACUAACAAUAAACUCAACGGCGACUAUCCUACCGAAAACUUCGUUGAGUUUAUGGCCGAAUACUAUUUUUUCGACAAUCUUUGCAAUCAAAACUUUGACGAGGGUACGCAGUUACCUUGGGAAACACUCCAGGAGGUCGAUCAUUACAACGUCAUCUACAAACUUACUUGCUAUCUCUUGGGCCUUGAUCACGAGUUUUGCAAAAAGAAGGGGUUGGAGUUGAUCAUUGCACCUGAAGAGCCAGCGAUUAUCGGUCUCACUAACAGAGUUACCGUGCCAUCGUGGCUCAGCAGGUUCGACCAAGAGACUUUAACAAUCUCGACGUCUGUGAAUCGACAGCGUGUGAAGGAGCUACCUAUGUGUAUGCUCGAGUUGAAGAAGAAUGGACAAGCUUCAGAAGCAAAAAGUGGAGAACCGGAAUACGUAGUUACAGGAAGUUGGGUUUCCUGUCAAGAGGUAGGGGAAAAAGAUUUGGGAGGAAUAGCGAUACCCAGGGAUGUUCAUUCGGUGCAAAUGGAUGGUUUGAGAACAGAUGGAUGGUUGAUUUAA